GUCGCUCGUGUCCCGCGCAGCGCCGCGCAACGUUCGAAAUUCGAAUUCAAAUUUCAAAUUUCGAACUCCGGACACUUCGAAUCCGUUAUAUUCGUAUUCAGACUCUCGUGUGUGUUAUGAUUAGAAUAAGACCGUUUUUGUGAUUUGUGAUAGUCAGUCUGAAAUUUAUUGUGACAAGUUGACAUCUGAAGUGGUUAAAGUUCAAUUCGCGUUCACCUUUGGGUUAAAUGGAUAUUUAGAUUUUAUGAAACUGUGAUUUUACAUUUUAAGUGCAUUGUGUGUGUUUGAGACUAAAGUGACUUGCUCAUUAUAGUGUUUGGACAGACAUGGGACGGCCGCUAGUGACGUGAUAUACGCGAUGCUACGCGUUUCCGUGACGCAGUUAUCGACCGUCGAACUAGUGUAGUGCUCCAUCGAUACGUCAGGUUAUACCACGAAUGAACACACUAAUGCUGACAACAACUGGAUCGGUAGACGAUCAGCCUUUGGACAGCAACAUGUCAUUUUCAUCAUACAACAUGAUGGACUCCGGCGGCGCCAUCGACUCCCCCCCAACCUACCACCGGAGCUACGAGCAAUACGUCCAGGGCGGCGUCGAGAACAGCACCGACUCCACCCAAGAACAAACCAGCCCUGAACUAGUCGUCUGGUCUACUUUACCCUACGGCUUAGACUAUAGAACUCAGUACGACUACAGGCCUUAUGAGACGAGAGACUAUUCCCCGCAGCAAUACGUUCGGGCGCCAUUUGCGACGAAGAUGGGACAGUCGAAAGCGCUUAAGGAGGCCAGGAUACGGAGACCUAUGAAUGCAUUCAUGGUGUGGGCGAAGGUUGAGAGGAAGAAACUGGCUGAUGAGAAUCCGGACCUGCAUAAUGCGGAUUUGAGUAAAAUGCUAGGUAAAAAAUGGCGCUCGCUGACUCCGCAAGACCGACGGCCGUUCGUGGAAGAGGCCGAGAGGCUCCGAGUCAUUCACAUGACGGAGCACCCCAACUACAAGUACCGGCCACGGCGGCGGAAGCAGAACAAGACACGGCCCAACCAGCCCGCACCCCCCGCCAGCGCGCCCCCCACCUCCACCGCCCUCGGCUCCCCCUACGCCACCACGACCGACUCGCCCGACGCACGGUUCUCCCACAACCCGGGCGCCGGCUUCUCGCCUUACAGAACCUCCCCCCUUGCGUCAGACUACCAGUCCAACCAGUUCAACGGCCACGUCCAAACUCCAGAGUCUUCCCCCGCGAGGUCACCGGAACCCCAAGGACGGAGGAGCGCCCCGGCCGAAGCCCCGCUCCCUACCCCUGACGCGUCACCAGUAGAAAAUGAGAAAGAGAACUUCCAGUACGAGGAGCGGCGAAGAGCCAUCAACGCUUCCAUGUCGGACUCCUACUCCCCUUACAAGACAUACAGGACGCCUGGCUCGUUCUCCCCGGCUCCUGUUGCCGCUAUGGGCAUGGCUAAUGGCAUGUACGUCAUGUGCACGCAAAGGACUUUAGCGGAGCAGCCGCCUCUCGUCACCGGAACGUUCUUUCCUCCCGUGGCAACCUCCCAAGACCAGCAGACGCUAGGCACGUCCACGCCCAGGGUAUCGUCCGCUCCGAGCGGCCAGAUGAACGCCGAAUACAGCAUCCAGUACCACCCGUACGAGUACGAGCACAUUUACAAAACGGAAGACUCUUACGUCGCGCAAUCGCACUAUCCUGAACAGCCUAAGACCGAGUACGAUACCGGAGGCGGGUACUUCUCAGAAGAGCCGCCUGCCAAUCAGGAAUCGGAGCAAUUCAUGAGCCAGCGGCCUGAGAUCAGGACCGGCUCGCCAGAGUCCGAUGUGGAUGCGAGGGAGUUCGAUAAGUACUUGGACUAUGCUCCAGAGCAGAUGGAGCAGCACCAAUAUAGAUACGAGCAGCAGCAGCAAGGGUACAGGCCGCCGUACUGCCCGGAGCAGGCGCCAGGGCCUGAAUACUGUUCUGAGAGGAUGUACCCGUCUCCGUACGCGUCGGUGAUCUCCGGGCCGCCGCCCGCGGGCCCGUACCCCGCGCCCGCCGCGGCGCUGGCCGAGGCCCGCACGGAGGACGAGUUCAGCGUCAUCCUUGCCGGCGUCCGGCAGACGUGCUACAGCAAUUAAUCCUCUCCAGCCUUCCUAUUAGUAGCCCAAAGAGUAUAUUUCCACAGUUUUGUGAUCGAAUCAAUGUUUAAAUUCCUAGUAAGAAUUAAAUUCUGAAUUAUGACUCUUGCGUUAGUUUGUAAUUGUAAAUGCCUGAAACGUUAUAAAGUUUUCGUAUGAUUUAAGUAGGAUGUAGAUUUUGUAUUAUAUUGCCGGUUGUAGGCGACCAUCGUGAAGUAUACUGGAUAUUUAUAAUAAAAUUAGUAUUUCUUUUUAUGUUGGACGCAGCAUGUUGACCAGUGAUUUAGAAUUUAUUUGUGCAAAUAUUUGAAAUAGAAUCUGAGUCUAACUAUAAUUCUGUUUCGCUAGAACCGAAAAGAAAUUCUUGCAUACCUUGCAACGCUCACGCAAAAUUCUUUGCCGAGAAUCGGCCACUUAGGAAUAAAUUUAAACUCAUUAGGCUUGUGGUCCUAUAAUGCCUAGCGCAUUUGUAAAUAUGGACUUUUUUAACGACUACACUUCCGUAAUACGAGUAAUCUAAAGUUUUAUUCUGAUUUAAACUUUGAAAAACUAUAUAUUGCAGUUAGCCAACGAUUUAAAAUCGUGAUCUUGGUUAUUAUAUUGGUGCUAUGAAAAUGUCCAUAAUAACCUUAAAACUGUAUUUGCACUACGAGACAGCAAUUCCUAUGUAAAAUAUUAUUUAUUUGUAGCUGUCGCACUUUGUAUAUUUCUUAGGUAAAAUUAGUUUUUAAAUUAAUGUAACUCUCAAUAGAGUUCUGUUGAAUUUCUAAUUUAAGACGAGAAAGUAUUUUUUACUAGUUUUAAAACUUCUUUGACUGAUUAUUUUUUUAACAGAUUUUUUUUAUGUCUGCCAAGAUUUACUUCCAACUCAAAAUUAAAUAGUAGGUAUUGCAUAAUUCAGUUAGUUUUUAAACUUUCAAUAUGGACAAUUCGAAAGUAUAAUCAUUUUUUUAACAUAUUCUAAUAUCUUAUGUUUUUAUAAUGGGUCUCACACGAAAUUUAGACCAAACUUCACAAAAAUGCGAGGGUGACCCGUUAGAAAUAUAUAUACUUAAAUAUGGUAAACAAAAAAGACGUAUAUUAAUUUUAUCACUUAAUCAAUAAAUCUUUUGACCAUGAUUUCUUGCUUUAAAUGUAGUAAAAAAUACUUGACUAGAAUAAUCAAAUCAGUUCUUCCAAUAAUGCUACAGCCACACAUUAUAAAUUUUUCUUUGCGAAUUUUGCAUUAGGAUAAAUUUGAAAAACCUGAAAAUUAAAAAAAAAUACAUUAAUAUAAUAUACCAAUACGACUAAGUAUAAUUAUUGUGUCUUGUUACAAAUUAUUUUCUAAAUUAGGUACCUACACAUUUUUGGAAUCUACCCCGAUGCACAUUAAAAUUUACCUUUUUGCCUUUAUUUUCUUUUACGUAGGUACUUUUUUUUCUCAAGUGUGGUUUUGUAGCAUAUGCUUGUAGAUACUAGUUCGUAAGGCAUAUUUUUAUAUCAUUUAUUUUAGCUUAAUUAGUUUGAAUAUCUGUAUAAAUUGUAAGAUCUAAAAUAUCUCAUAUUGUACUAAAAUAUUAGAACUUGUUAGUUAAUAUUGUAAUUUUAACAAAAGACACUCGCACUGCGAAAUUAAGUUUUUCCUAUUUUUAAGAAAAUUUAUAAGGAGCAAUAAAAUUUAUAUUCUACAAUA